AUGGUGUUCUUACCCCCAGCCUGGCCCCCCCAGCUCUCAGAAAUUCCAGAUUCUAUAUCAAUUCCGCAAUUCAUGUUUGAGGAAACAUAUGGAAGAUGUCCCCUCAAAGAAUCGAAGAAUCCUUUCACCUGCGGCCUGACUGGCAGAACAUAUACUACGCUGGAGAUGAAAUCCCAUGUUGAACAUUUAGCCCGAGCUCUUUCAAAUAACUUCCUAUGGCAGCCCAACAGAGGCUCAGAAUGGGAUAAGAUUGUAGGCAUAUAUUCGCUGAAUACCCUUGAUUUCAUGAUCCUGGCCUACGCCGUUCACCGAUUGUCAGGUAUCGCUGCUCCCGCUAGCGCAGCAAGCUCACAUUCUGAGCUUGAAUAUCAGCUCAAGUCAUCGGGAGCCAAGGCACUUUUCACAUGUAUACCAUUACUGGAGACGGCCUUGAAGGCCGCUAGAGGAGCCGGCAUACCUCAGUCGCGGGUUUACAUCCUGGAGCUGCCCAAGCAAUUCUCGGGAACACGGAAAGUUCCCUUUCGCACUGUAUGGGAUUUAAUAGCAGAGGGAUCAAGUCUACCUCCAUUAGAGGCCUUAUCUUGGCAAAAAGGUCAAGGUGCUAGGCAAGUUGCCUACAUUUGCUUUUCAAGUGGCACGUCAGGCCUUCCGAAAGGUGUUAUGAUUAGCCACAGAAACGUCAUUGCCAACGUACUUCAAGUUGCAGCUUACGAUAAACCCAGCAGAGAUAAACGUUCAGGACGAGGCUCAGAAGUGGCACUGGGUUUACUACCCAUGAGUCACAUUUAUGGGUUAGUAACUAUUGCUAAGGCAUCCACUUGGCGUGGAGAUGCUGUGAUAAUACUACCCAAAUAUGAGCUCACAUCAUUUUUCAACUCUAUUCAACAGUAUAAAAUCGAGAGUCUGUACCUGGUUCCACCCAUAAUUAUCCAGAUAACCAAAAAUCCACAGCUAGUCGUAAAGUAUGAUAUGAGUUCUGUAAAGACAGUUUUUUCAGGGGCUGCGCCUCUCAGUGCUGCGGUUGCACAAGAGCUUCAGAAAAUUUUCCCGUCCUGGGUGAUACGUCAAGGUUACGGCUUAACUGAGACGUCUCCAAUAGUCUGUAAUACAUCAGAAGACGAUGUAAUCUUUGGCUCAAGCGGUUCACUUCUUCCGGGUGUUGCUGUCAAGCUAAUGUCAGGUGAUAAUACUGAGAUAACCGACUACGACACACCAGGCGAGCUUUUAGUUCAAUCACCGAGUGUAGUACUAGGGUACUUAAAUAAUGAAAAAGCCAACAAAGAAACGUUUGUUGACGAACAUGAUGGCAAAGGACAUUGGCUUCGAACUGGAGAUGAGGCCGUAGUUCGAAGAAGCCCAGGUGGUAAUGAGCAUAUCUACAUCCAAGAGCGAAUUAAAGAACUGAUAAAGGUCAACGGUUUGCAAGUUGCACCGGCCGAGUUAGAGGCGCAUCUCUUAUCACACCCUUCAGUCGCAGACUGUGCGGUUAUUGGUAUACCUAAUGGGGUCGUAGGCGAGGUUCCAAAGGCUUUUAUAGUCAAGUCACCAUCAUCUCAAAGUGUUGAAGAUGAAACACUGAAAAGUGAUAUUUGCAAGUUUGUACAAGGGCACAAAUCCAAGCAUAAGUGGUUAACCGGAGGAGUGGCGUUCGUUGAAGUAAUACCUAAAAAUCCGACUGGCAAGAUUCUACGAAGACUUCUUAAGGAUAACGAAAAGGUUUUACGGAGAGCUGAAGGCACCAAACUAUAA